AAAAAACAUAAGAGAGAAAGAAAAAUGGAUUGGAUUCAUACAAAGAGAAGAGGUCCACAAUGGAAACAAGGUUGGACAGAACAAACUUUUUCUUCCAUUUCUGCCCCUCCUCUCCCACUUAUUGCAGUUUUUGCCAUUGUAAUUUUCCUAUUAUCUAUAUCUAGUUACUCUUCUUACAAAGAGCAAAUGAGUUCCACACUCAUCAAUUUCAAGAUUCUGCUCUUUUUGGCGUCCCUUUUGCUCGUUUUUUUCGUUCGUUCGAGUUUGUUCGAUUUUUGGACAUCUUCACAAAACGGGCAGCGGCAGGUGAGGUGGCAGUGGGCCCAUGUGGUGGCGGGGUUCCCGUGGGGGGUGGCGGCUCUGGUGGUGGUGCUGCUGGUGUUGGUGUCUUACCAGUCAACUUUUCAUUCUAAGUGGUUUCCUUUUGGGAGUUCUGAUUAAUGUAUUUUGACUUUGUUGUUGAAAAUUAUUCUAAACUAUAUAUUUUUUUUC